GCCGAGCAGUGCCGACCACUGACAUAAAGCUAUACAUUUAUAUACGAAAAGGUAAGAGUCAGUGUGGUAGAGAGUCAGAUAUGUGCUGAACACAUAGAAGACGACAAGCGACGAGCGACAUCUGUCAAAUAUUAAAAUACAAGCGUUCUUAUGGGCACAGAUUUUUUGACAACAGCACGACUACGCGACAACCGACUUGUAGUUGUCGUUGUCGCUAAAUUAAAAAUGUUUCUAAUUUUGGCGACGACAAUGGCCGCUGUAGAGCUGCCACUAAUAUGUGAAAUGUAAAAUUAUUAAAAAUUUUAAUAAGUAUGACGAUAUUUUGCCAGCAGAAGCGUAAAAUAGCUUUGAUAUAUUAUUUAUAAUACAUUAUUUAUAAUUUAAAACAAACAAUUCGGUUUAUUUAUAAUGUUUUAUACAAAAAAUUUAAAUUUUCAAAAUAUUUAAAUUUUAUUUAAGAAAAAGGUGUUAGUACGGCAACAAUGAAAUUGUGUACAUCAAAAAUUGAAAGUUGUUGUCGAAACAAAUAAACAUCGUAGGAGACUGCUAGGACAGAUAAUAUAGCACUGCGCAUUACUUUUAUUUGAUUUAAUUAUGGAUUUCGAUGAAGCUUUAAUAGAAGAAGUGCGUCAUCGCCCAUUUUUAUAUGAUCUUGGGCAUGGGAUUAUAAAAAAUUGAGAAAGAAGGAUCUUGCGUGGAAGGAAGUCGGAGUGUGUAUAAAAUUGAGUGGUAAGUAAAGAAGUAAAGGAGGAUGGAUCAUGUGUAGAAGUUCACGCAAGUGAGGAAAAUUUUUGAUUGUCAUUCACUUGGGAGUGGCCAGAAACGAUUCUUCUCCACAUGGUUCAAGCAGCUCACGACUUCCGGUUUUAGACCAAGUAUCCUCUGGGUAGCCAACAGACAUCCGUUUGAAGGCGAGCUAAAGUGAGAAGGCGAAGCCCGCUUAUUCGGUUGUGCGUAGGGCUUGGGACCCACCACAUAAAAACACCCCCCAAUGAAAAAUCUACGAAAGCCUCGGAUGAGACACCCCCCUUUUGAUGACGACCCCUGCAAACGUUUAAAGGACAAUGAUAUAAGGGCAUGCACCUGGAAUGUCCGGACCCUUAAUUGGGAAGGUGCCUCUGCCCAGCUGGUUGAUGUCCUCAUACGACGGGACAAGGACGGAAGAAGGUGGGUCCUUGUGACAUUGCGCAAAUUUGGUGUUGGAUUUGUGGUGGGAGAGAGACUCCGUCGCAGAGUCCUGGCAUUCACCCCGGUGGAUGAACGUCUAGCCACAAUCCGCAUCAAAGCGAGGUUCUUCAACAUAUCGCUGAUUUGCGCCCACGCCCCAACGGAAGAGAAGGACGAUGUGACCAAAGAUGCUUUCUAUGAGCGCCUAGAACGUACCUAUGAGCGCUGCCCCCGCCACGAUGUAAAAGUCGUGCUUGGCGAUUUUAACGCCAGGGUGGGUAAAGAAGGAGUCUUUGGCACAACAGUCGGAAAAUUCAGCCUCCAUGACGAAACAUCGCCAAACGGCCUGAGGCUGAUCGACUUCGCUGGGGCCCGAAAUAUGGUCGUCUGUAGUACCAGAUUCCAGCAUAAGAAAAUACAUCAAGCUACUUGGCUGUCUCCUGAUCGAAACACGCGGAACCAAAUCGAUCACGUUGUGAUAGACGGAAGAAAUGUCUCCUGUGUUUUAGACGUGCGUACGCUCCGAGGACCAAAUAUAGACUCGGACCAUUAUCUGGUCGCAGCGAAGAUACGCACCCGCCUCUGUGCAGCAAAGACUGCCCGUCAACAAACACAAGGAAGGUUCGACGUCGAAAAGCUGCAAUCGCAACAGACAGCCACGAAAUACUCUACUCGACUUGCACUCCUGCUCUCUGAGAGCACUCAUCAGCAUCUCGGUAUAAGGGAACUGUGGAACGGCAUCUCAAACUCACUGCGUACCGCUGCAGCCGAAACAAUUGGUUUUCGGCAACGACAAAAAACAAGCUGGUACGAUGAGGAGUGGCGUCUCGCAGCGGAGAGAAAACAGACUGCCUACCUCGCAACGUUGCAAACGACCACAACACGUGCGGGAUGGGAUAGAUACCGAGAGCAGAAGAGAGAAGCGAGACGCAUCUGCAGACAAAAAAAGAAAGAGGCCGAAAUGCGUGAGUACGAAGAGCUUGAGAAGCUGGCAGACAGAGGUAAUGCUCGAAAAUUUUAUGAAAAAAUGAAGCGACUUAACGAAGGUUUCAAGACCGGAGCAUCCUCAUGUAGAGACCAAGGUGGUAAUCUGGUAACCGAUGUCCAGGGCAUACUGGGAUUAUGGAGGGAACACUUCUCCGACCUGCUGAAUGGCAGUGAGAGUACAACACCAGGAGAUGGCGAACCCGAUCCCCCAAUCGAUGACGAUGGAACAGAUGUUCCAUUACCCGACCAUGAAGAAAUUCGAAUAGCAAUUACCCGCUUGAAGAACAACAAAGCAGCGGGGGCCGAUAGAUUACCGGCAGAACUAUUCAAAUACGGCGGCGAAGAACUGAUAAGGUGCAUGCAUCAGCUUCUUUGCAGAAUAUGGUCGGAAGGAAGCAUGCCUGACGAUUGGAAUCUCAGUGUGCUCUGCCCAAUCCAUAAAAAGGGAGAUCCCACAAUCUGCGCCAAUUACCGUGGGACCAGCCUCCUAAAUAUCGCAUACAAGGUUCUAUCGAGCGUACUAUGUGAAAGACUAAAGCCCACCGUCAAUAAACUGAUUGGACCUUAUUAGUGUGGCUUUAGACCUGGAAAAUCGACAACUGACCAGAUAUUCACCAUGCGCCAAAUUUUGGAGAAGACCCGUGAAAAGAGGAUCGACACACGCCACCUUUUUGUCGAUUUUAAAGCUGCUUUCGACAGCACGAAAAGGAGCUGCCUUUACGCCGCGAUGUCUGAAUUUGGUAUCCCCGCAAAACUAAUACGGCUGUGUAAAUUGACGCUGAGCAACACCAAAAGCUCCGUCAUGAUUGGGAAGGACCUCUCCGAGCCGUUCGAUACCAAACGAGGUUUCAGACAAGGUGACUCACUAUCGUGCGACUUCUUUAACCUGAUGCUGGAAGGGAAGGGGAAGGCCUCCACUCCGUUGGAGGGAGCAGGUGGAGAGCGACCUGGUUAAACUUGGGAUCUCCAACUGGCGCCGAACUGCGAAGGAGAGAGAGAGGUGGCGCACUAUCGUCGAUUCGGCUAUAACCGGCUAAACGGUUGCAACGCCAAUCACAUACAUACAAAACUGGAGUGCAAGAAAAGAUGGAGGAGCCUUCGUGACUGUUACAAGAGUUGCAGGCGAAUGGAGCAGGUCCCUUCUGGAAGUGGUGCCGAGGCGAAUAGAAAAAAAUGGAAAUACUUGGAUGCGAUGUCGUUUUUGGAGAGUGCAACAACUUCCAGGCGGUAAGGUAAUAUACCAAUGAUUAUAUAUAUAAGCUAUGAAGUGGAAUAUCUCGAGGAUAGUGACAUCGUUAUUAUUGACAACUCCCAGGAUAACUCAGUACCAGAAACAAGAAAUACAGAUUCAGAUGUAAAUAGACGAAAGAAAAAGGACUGCGCAAAAUUUGAACAAUUUCUAGACAUGGCAGGAAGAAGCAUUACCGAAACUUGUGCUAGCUUUAUUGAAAGUAAUAGGAAGCAAAACUCCACCACCCUGCACUUUUCGUCAUUGGCCGCAAAAAUAAUUGAAUCUGGUCUUCCACAAAACGUAAUAAAUGAAAUUGAAGAAAAGGUAUCAAAUUUAGUGUUUGGUGAAAUUAAAAAAAUUUAUUCCACCAACACACUAUAAUUUUUUUAUUUUUCUUUUUUUAAAUGUAAAUAGAUUUUUUAGUUUUU